AUGUCUGGAAAGACUUCAGAGGUCCAAUCUAGUAGCAAGAGAUUUAGAGGCGGACCGCAGAUGGGGGUCAGAUCGGGCCAGACAGUUGGUCGGGGUAUAUUUACGAGAUCAGCUCCUCCGGCUACAUCUGUUGCUAGUGGUGGAGGUGCUGCAUCAGGUCUACCAAUUUGCAUUCAAUGUGGUAGGAGACAUGUUGGGGGAUUGUCCUAUGACCGUGACUCGUCCAGCUCACCAGGUUGGGAGUUGGGAGGCCAGGCUCCCUUAUGUUCAGCAGAGGCAGAGGGUAGGAGGCCGUACGUGAGGGGAAUUGGUACUAGGAGUGAGAGACCAGGUUCUGAGACUGUGAGAGACCAGAGGCUAGAGCACAGGCGAGGGCUUUAUGCCAUCAGGGACCAAGAAGCAACGGAUGCGGCCGGACGUUUCAUUGCAAACGUGGGUAGACUGGGUAGUAUGCAUGCUGAUACAUUAGAGAACAGAGUUGAGGUUACUAGCCCUUUGGGUCAGAGUGUAGUAGUUGAUCGGGUGUAUAGAGAUUGCCCUGUAGUCAUUCAUGAGUAUGUAUUUUCGGUUAGUACCGCUAGGAGAAUGAUACAGCAUGGCUGUGAGGCGUUCUUGGCCUGUGUACUUGAGCCUGAGUGGAGAUCUCCUAGUGUCCAUAAGAUUUCGACGGUGUGUGACUUUCCAGAUGUAUUUCCUGAGGAUUUGUCUGGUUUGCCUCCUGCGAGAGAGGUUGAGUUUAGUAUCGAGGUUGUGCCGGGCACUGCAUCGAUAUCCAUUACUCUAUACCGGAUGGCUCCUACUGAGUUAAGAGAGUUGAAGAUUCAGAAUCAGGAGUUGCUCGGUAAGGGUUUCAUUAGACCUAGUGUAUCUCCUUGGGGCGCUCCAGUAUUAUUUGUAAAGAAGAAGGAUGGUACUUUGAGAUUGUGCAUUGAUUAUAGGCAGCUUAAUAAGGUGUAA